AUGAUCGUCACCAUGAACCGGACCCACUCCAUCGACUGGCGGACCAUCGGGAAGCUCCUCGAUCGCCCCUACACGACCUGCUACAGUCGGUUUCUCAACAGUAUCAAGCCUAUUCUUGAGAAAGGCGGUACGCUGGCGGAGAUUCGGGAUCGGGAAAAAUUGGAGAGGUGGGUUGAGGAGGGAUUGGAGAUUAUUCGGGAGAGGAGGGACGCGUCGGCUGCGGCUUUGGCGGCAGCAGCAGCAGAGGCAGCAAAGACGAGUGUAGCCCAGAAGGGUCGACCUGUGGGUUCAGGAACUGGAGCAAGAGCAGGAGCAGGACUCUCUACUGCGCUGUCGCCCGAUGACGAGAGUGAAGGAAGCGCUGUUACCAGAAAGCGGGCGAAAUGGGACGCGACGGUGGAUCAGAUGAUCAAGGAUAUGGUCGCAGCAGGGAACUCCUGGCCCGAGAUUGGACGCGCCGUUGGACGGCCUUUUUCGUCCUGCUACUCGCGCUACCAUGCCAACCUGGAUCCGGACUUGGGAAUCACCUGGUCCCCCAAAUCGAUACAACGACUCAAGGAGUUGGCGUUACAGGGAGAGUCGUGGAAGAAGAUUGCGCAGGAACUCAAGAUCAAGUCGGUGACCUGUAAGGCCAAGUGGGCUGAUAUUGGGCUUUCUGAGUCGAGAACCGCAGCUGCAGGAUAUGACAACGACAGUACAUCUACGUCAGAUCAGGACGGUCAACAACAACUUUCAACGCCAGGAACGGCAUUGGAACUGACCAGCAGAAAGAGUAGUACCAGCAGUAAGACCAAGCUCGUGGUGUUCUCGAUUGAGGAGUCAGCCCUGAUUCUGGAACUGGCGGAGCGACACGGUGCCGAGAACUGGGAGAUGAUCUUGCAGGACUUCCAGCAACACUUCUUGGACGACACCACCUUACCAUCAACAACCACAAAGUGCGGCAAGGGCAAGGGCAAGGGCAAGGGCAUGGGCAAGGGUACGAAAUCUUCCCGAGACCGGAUCCUCUCGAUUACAAUCCCACACCUCCGCAAACAAUAUCUCCGCGUCAGCCGCAACAGAUCCUUCUGGAAUUUUGACCAAGAAACCGCGCUCAUUCAGCAAGUCCUCAAAUACGGCACUAGCGACAACAGCAACAGCAACGAUAACAUUGACAACCACUGGGCAGAAAUCGCCCGCCAAACCGGCCCCCACUCACCAGAAGAAUGUCGCACGCACUGGAAGAUCCUCGACAUGCCCGUCAUGCCCAACCUCAACGCAUGGACAAAAACCGAACAAGGGACCUUCUGGUCCGCAUGGCGCCAAUUCGGCUCAGACUUCAAACGGAUCUCGAAAUUCUGCUCCAACCGAACUGCGGAAGAUUGUCAGAGAUACUUUGAGGGCAUCACCAAGGAGUUUCCGAGCCCGGAUCUGGAACCAAACGCCUUCGCGGAGAGGAUUGCGGGGCUGCAGGAAAAUCUUCCUUACACCCGACAGAAGUAUCUGUUCACCAAGGAGCGGUCGCAACGGUUACAGCGGACGAUGCGGUUAUGUCAUCAGCGCUUCGGGGCUUCGCCGACCAUGCAUGCGGGAACCUGGCAAUGGAUCGCCAACAAGGUCCAUCGUGGACUCUCCCCCACAUCCUGCAUGGAGCAUUGGAGCUACCUCCGCCAGAACCUUGAUGUCAUCCAUGGCCCACUCGAGGAAAACCAAACCACUCCAAUCAAACCAACCACCCCCAUUUCAUGGUCCCACGAAGAAUCAAAACUCUUGGACCAAGGGAUCCGCGAACUAGGGGCUAACUGGUCAGACAUCCAACAACGCUUCCUCCCUUGGCGAACCACCCGGUCCAUCCGCCAACGCUGGUUCAUCAUGUCCGACAAGGCCACAAAAGUCACCGAAGACGAGUACUACACCAUCCUCGCCGCAGGACCCACAGCCGACUCGAUCGAUUACGAACACUUGACACAACACCAUCUCCCAGGCUGGAAUCUUUCCCCCUGUCGUCGUGUCUUUGAAACCUCGUUCAAACACAUUGUCAAGAACACGGUCUGGCAACCGGACGAAGACAGGUUACUGUUGGAGAGGACGAUCGAGGAGCGUGCACGGGACUGGAACGUGAUCGCGAAGAGCUUCGAGGGGAUCCAGCCGGCUAUGGCCCCUCUUUACGACCAAGCCAUGCAGCGCGAGCGUGAAGAGAAUGGUGGCAAAGAGACCUCAGGACCAACAAGGACACAAAAGACGGCAUGGCAGUGUCGCCUCCGCUGGUGCCAACUGGUCGAGCCCCUGAUGCCCAAGGCCCCCAUCGUCAAUGUCACCGAGCACGCACGAAGCAAUAUCCUCCGCAUCUCCAAGAAGCUGCUUCAAACCCACUCCUCCCCCUCCACUCCUUCCCAAUAA